UUUUUUUUUGCCACAUUUGAAGAUCGCGAUUGUGGAUCGCUACGUCCCCUUUUAUGAACACGGUGGUAUCCGUGGACGUGGACGGAGAUGUAUAUAUAUCGCCAUGACGCGACUUGGUGGUGCAACGCCUCUCGUUCAUAACAUGGGCUUUGAGAUACCCUCCGCAUCAAAGUCACUGCCUCCAAUCGACCAUCUCGAGGCAGUGCCCUCUCCUCUUUGCCUUGCAGCACAUUCUACAAAAACUCCCCCUACCGUUCAACCAUUCCUGGGCCUUUGCGCAAAACUAUCCCAGGCAUUUGCGUCCUACACGGUCAUCUUCCUCAUCAUAUCUGCCUACCGACUCUUCCAAACCCGCUCUUCCGUUGAUACUUUUGUCCUAGAUGCGAAACAAACUCUUUUCACUGACUGCUAUACCCUCGAAAAGACCGCUACCACGCUCGCGUCCUUCCCUCAGUUCGCAGCACAGAGUGUCAACCGUGGCCUUAUCGCCACACUCGACACAGCCAUUAGUCAGAUCGGUUACGGACUCGUAGUCGUUCUGAGCGGGGUGCUGGCCACGUUAGACUUUGUGAUCGGGCUGCUUACGGGCACAUGGCGCUGUUUCUUGAACAACCUUGCAGAUUCAGGGAUACCAGUCUUAUCAGAGGUCGGGCAGGGAGGCGUGCAAGCAAUCGAUCAAGUCGAUAACACGCUUUUGGACCUGCUCGCGCUGCCGUUGAAUGAUUUGGGGAAGGUUAUUCAGGACCGGAUGGCAGAUCCACAGAUAGGACUGGUGCUCAAUAUGCCAACGAUACCGGUUCAAAAGGUCGUGCUCUGUGAUAAGGUCUUGGGACUGGUUGAUGUGGAUGCGAUGGCGGAGGAUUUGAAGCGGUGGAUCCUUUAUGGGACGCUCGUGGUCCUCACUUUAGCUGUGGUGGCGAUGCUGUGCAACAUGGCCUGGAUCGCGUUCCGACAUCGGCGAUGGACGCUACAUGUAAGCAGAGUACUGCAACAGGUCGAAACCAUAUCCAAAGAAGCGACCUCUGUUGCCAUCGAUCCAUCCGGCAAUCAUGAGGAAACGAAAUCGUCAACAUGGACACCCAAGGAUUCGAGACUAUGCGCGGUCCGAAUUGACCAUCUGACGCGUCAUCCGCUCCUCUACCGGUUUCUCGAGGCGUCCUCACGCUGCUUCUUCCCCAGGGACGAAAACGCGCGGGGCCUCUACUUCUGGUUCAUGUUUUAUAUCACCCAAUCACAGGCGGUCGUCUGUCUAUGCGUUGGGAUCCUUGGGCUGCUCAUGAUUUACGCGCAGUUGACCCUUCUCGAUUAUGCGAGAGCACAUUACCGCCCGCUGUUGAAUACAGCCCUGGUAGAUCUCUCAGUCACGGUGCCUCAGCUCGUCAACGGGAUCAUGCACACCAGCUCUGUCGCCUUCGCGACCGAGACGAAUACGGCGCUCUCGAGUCUGGAGUCCGAUCUGAACACACACGUCUUUAGCGGGAUCGUCAACGCAGCAGCAUCGAUGAGUGCAGCGCUGGUCAACGUAGAAACAACACUCGUGCAGGGGAUCCAGACUGUGUUUGGGGACACCUUAUUCGCGAAAUUGAUCCUGGCGGUGAUACAGUGCCUGCUGCUCAAUAAGUUGGCGGCGGUGGAGGCAGGGUUGGCAUGGAUCCAGGGACAUGUACAGCUCGCGUUACCGCGGUUGGAGGAUGAUGUGUUGAUGAUGAACCCGACAGAGCUGCAGAAACUGGUUGCUGCUGCUGUGGAAGAGAUGGCACCACCGUCUUUAUUCAAUGGCGUUAGCAUGAACAGUAACAAUUCGACUGGAGGUGUUGUGCAAAGCAAGGUUUACAAGGCGGAGAUUGUGAUCGGUAGGGUGUUCCAGCAGUACGAAGACGAGCUGCGACGAGAGCUGCCGAUGUACUACGGACUGGUCGCGGUGUGGUGGGCGGUGUUGGCGAUGGGAAUCGUAGGUGUAGGUGGGGUCCUUGUGCGACAGAGAAGAGAUAUAAAGAACCCAGCUGUGGGCUCUAGGAAAGACAAUAGCAUAUUUUUGCAUGGAAAAGAGACGAGAUAGAUGUAGUGUAAAGCAAGAAGCGUGCUGAUAGAAUUUGGGGUUUGCCACCAAUUUUUUAUUGCGUUCCGCAAAACGAAAAAAAAUAAAAGGUC